CUAAACUCAUUCGGUCGCAUCUCCUUGUGCAAGCUACAUGAUGGCAACACAGAAGAGACCACAGGGACGGAGUGGGACAUUAAAGCAGCCCUGGAGCAAGUGGAUCCCGGACUUUUCCGCUGUACCUUCUGCGAGACCGAAGUGGAGGAAGACGAGUCGGCCAUGCCCAAAAAGGAUGCCCGAACCCUGGUGGCCCGGUUUAACGAGCAGAUCGAGCCGAUCUAUGCCCUGCUGCGCGAGACAGAGGACGUCAACCUGGCCUACGAGAUCCUGGAACCGGAGCCCAUGGAGAUCCUUGCCCUGAAGCAGAGCAAGGAACGAGCCGCCAGUGCCGCAGGAAUGGGCGUUCUGCCAAGCGGGCAGCAUAGGGAGGCUUGGACCACCAAGGGGCCCUCUUAUGAGGACUUGUACACCCAGAACGUUGUCAUCAGCAUGGAGGACCAGGAGGAUGCACAUCAGACGGCCAAUGAUGGGAAGCCGCCCCGAGAAAGGCCGGUCUGGCUGCGUGAGAGCACCGUACAGGGAGCUUAUGAUCCUGAUGACGUCAAAGAAGGUGGCCGAGGCUCAGAUAUGUUCCAGGAAGGGGAGGAGAGUCAAGGUGCCCUGGACAAUAACGAGGAAGUGAUGCGCGCGCUGCUCAUCCAUGAGAAGAAAACCCCCUCUGCCUCCGUCGGCGCCCUGGGUGGAGCGCCCCCUUUAUCGAGCACCAAUGCCAGUGACUCCGAGAGUGAGACGAGCGAAUCGGAUGAAGACUCCCCUCCCCGAGCAGCUGCUGCCACAGGGACACUCUUCGGCCUGGUGGAGGAAGAUGAUGACGAUGAGUUUGAGGUGGUGACUGAGGACCCCACUGUCACAGUGGCCGGGCGCCCGUUCUCGUACAGCCAGGUGACUCAGCGACCAGAACUGGUGGCCCAGAUGACUCCCGAUGAGAAGGACCUCUACAUCACUAUGGGUCAGCGCAUGUUUGAAGACAUGUUUGAUUAGCUUCCUUGUGCCUCUGCAACGUCUGCGGAUGACUGUCAACGGGAAAUUCAGGGAGGAAGCGAACCGGCGAAUUCUACCUUCCCCUUCUCAAGCAAUUCAGUCACUCUAGAGAUGAGGGGGGAAAGGGGGUCAGAGGACUAGACUUGACGUGGCAGCCACAUUAUGUUCGUUUGCGUCUAAAGCAGAGAGUGGGAGCAGGGGUUUACUUUUUACACGGAGAGGAGCCUGCGGGGGAGGAGAUCCAAGGCCUCCCCUUUGUCUGUGCUCUCAUGGUUUCAAGCCGCUUUCUCCUUGUCUUGGGAAGAGAAGCAGUCCAAGGACAACGAGGGGGUAGUGUGAGACUCCCUCUUCUGCGUCCUCUUUUUCAGGCAGACAAUACACCACCACCCACAUAAGUAUCCGUGAGCGGAGCUGUACACAAUGAAUACGUGUCUAGUUCCAAGCGUGGGAGACCUCGCCGCCGUUCGUCACCGGCGGGUUUCCAAUCCUGUUUGUGAUCUCGUGUUAUGACCUUGUACUUUUGUUUUCGGCUCACCCUGGAAAAAUCUGGAUGCUCUUUGUUUACCCGUUUGGAAGAAAAAUGGUUGAAGGAGUCAAUUCCUCUAGCGUUCAUUGCAUUCUAAGAUAGUAGCCCCUCUAAAGUGAUAGCCUGAAGGCAAUCUCUUUGUAGCCGUCAUGCAGGGGGAUUUUGAUUUGUGACGGCCUGAGGACAAGAAGGACUUAAGUGUCCCUCCCUCAUGCAUCCUUUUCUUCCCCAAUGUGUAUAUGCGAUAGUAGCCACAGAGAACAUAGUAGCAAUCAUGGUAACUGGUGGCUGUCUGGCCCAGCACGGUUUGCAAAUUGUUCCUUAGAGAUAAAGAGGAAUUUGGGACAGAUAUUUUGCAUUUUGCAGGAAAGGAGAGAAAUUGCCCAGAGACCAUAUUCCCAGCAUUUCCAUGGUCUUGUAAAACUCUCCUUUAGGAAAAACAAAACAAAACCACUCUCUUACAGAUAACCGUUUCCUUGCUUCCACAAACAAAUUUCUGUCCUUUCAUCUAAUCUAAUUACUUGUAAUGGGUUAAUUUUCAAAUGAGAACACUUUGGUUGCAAAACGUCGCUCUGCUUUGUUUUCCCUACCUCGUCUCGUAGGUGUCGCGUGCAUAGGGUUCCUGCCACGCUCGGUGUCUCAGGAUCGAGCCCCCGCUUGAUCCCCAGAAUGAGUGAACCAGAGCUCUCAAGCCGGUUUCUUCCCACCCUGAUAAAUCUCUUGCAUUGAACGAGCAGAACCGGAGAAGGCCAAGAUGGCGGCCGGAACGAGAUCUCUCGUUCCUGGCCUCUGCCUAAGCCGGGGUUAGCGCCAACAUCAAGGUCAUUGUUUUGUUUUGUUUGGGGGAAGACGGAGUCUUAUUUCAGUGCAAACGAACACGGGUUUUAUUUUAUUUUUUAAAUAAGAAAAUUAUGCAGAGGUUUGUCGGAUCCCCAGGUUUAGCCUGGCGCUGUCUUGUUGAAUAUUUCCAGCUGUGCCUAAGCAAACAGAUUCCAUUUUGUAAUUGUAACCUUUUAAAAAUGUACAGCUUUUUAAAAAAAUCAUCGUCCCCUCCCCCUUAUCUGGCAUCACAGAACAGUAAACCGCUGGUUUGCUGCGCACUCGUAUUUCACACGCAUCCCUCUUUCAUUUUCCAGGAUGGUACAAAUUGUUAGGCAAAGCCGACCUUGUUAGGCCGAGCAAGUUGACUGCGUUUUUGUUUUGUUAGGCCCGUGCAGUUUCUUUUGUGGUUUUUAUUUUCAGAUGCUUCGCCGUUCAUCUUUUAAAAACAAAUAACUGUGUCAGAAUUUGUUUCUUGGAUAUUAAAAUAAAGGAGGAUGA